GCCACUUCCGGCUUACCGCCCACUCCCAAGAUGGCGGCGUGGUCCUUCUGGCUGCGGGGUUGGCGGUCUCUCCUGAGGCACGGCCUCCCCGCGCUGACCAGCAGCAGCAGGCGCUGCCUUCCCGGUGGAGCCUGGUGGUGGCACGGUGCGGUGGGCGCAGGGCUGGGAGCUGCACUGUGUGCUGUCCCAGUCGUGGAGAAACAGAACUCAGCUUCUCUCAGUAACGACGCCUUGAUUAAAAGAGCCGUUUCUUUGGUAACAGACAGUACUUCCACCCUCCUCUCUCAAACAACAUAUGCACUGAUUGAAGCACUGACAGAGUAUACAAAGGCAGUUUAUACGUUGGUGUCUCUCUACAAGCAAUACACAAAUCUUCUUGGGAAGAUGAACUCAGAUGAAGUGGAUGCAGUCUGGCAGGUGGUAAUAGGAGCCAGAGUUGAUAUGACUACAAAACAGCAAGAAUACCUAAGGCUAGAAUCCAGCUGGAUGACAGCAUUACGUCUUUCAGAGAUGGCAGCAGAAGCUGCUUAUCAAUCAGGUGCAGAUCAAGCCUCGGUGACAGCUCGUAGCCACAUUCAGCUAAUCAAAUCACAGGUGCAAGAAGUGCGGCAGCUGUCUCAGAAGGCAGAGACCAAGUUAGCUGAAGCUCAAACAGAGGAGCUCCUAAAAGCUCAAGGAGAGGAAUCUUCAUUGCCUCAGGGUAUUUUAGGAAGUACAGAUGCAGGUGAGGAUCCUUAUCUUCGGGAAGACUGACAUGAACUUAAGUGUCAUUUUAGAAUAUGUGAGAAUCAAUCAGAAAUUGAAGGGUUCCAAACUUUUAAGUGUUGGAUAGCAGGAAACCUCUCAAAUAAGCCUGUGAUUCCAUUUCCACCCCUUACCCUCAGAUAGGCUUGCUUUACAGAUCAAGUCAAUUCCAAGAAUCUGAAAGGCCUUGACUGUGUUUAUAAUUAUGGAUUCGGUUAUUUAAGUGUUUAACUAUGCAAAUGUGUAAAUUGCUAUCAACGAUAGCUUGUUAAUUUUGUCUGCUGGGAAGAUCCUAGCAGGGGUUUGGUAUGGUUGUGAAAGCUCUCUAACAUAGAGGCUAAGUAGGUAUCAACCAAAGAAGUGUAUUUAAAAGUUAUUGUAGUAAAUGAUGUCUGUUAGUAGAUACCUUUAUUAAAUUGAGCAAAUUCAUUUCAUUCCAAGUGUUAGCAUAGAUAAAAGAUUAAGUGCUGUUUUCUGUUUUGAUUUAAAAGCUUGUAACAGAGUUGAGUCUGAUAGCUAUAUCUAAUUGCACUUAAUUGCAGUCAGGGGAAUUGUUUGCUGUAGAGCUGAAAACCUACUAUGGAGUUACCCAAGUUCCGCUCAGAGAAGUUUUGCACAAUUCAGUAUGACAGCCUCUUUCACCCAAGAGCCAGUGCUUGUAAUGUAUCUCCCUUCCCCAGGAAGGAAAAGAUUUGAUUUUCAAGAUAUUGUGGUUACAAAGUAGUUGUGGAAACUGCUGCAGAUUUUAUAAAGCGGUCAACAAAAGUGAGUUUUAUGUAUUUGAGCGCUUCCCAGCAGAAGUUUCAAAAAAAAAGUCUUCAUUCUCUCUUUCUGUAAUCUUAAUGUUUCACUACAGACUUCAAAACCACAGGUAUCUUCCGUUGUGUUCAUUUUCUAACUUAAAAGCUUAAUGUGAAAUUUGCAGUGUUAACUGUAUAAACAAUAAAACUUCAGCUGAGAUUGCUUUGUAGAAUAGCAUUGACGAGACAGAACUUUAUCAGUGUUGAUUUGACUCAGUUAAUCCCCAUUCAUUAGUUUUUCUAAGAAGGCACACAAUCGUAAGAUUUUGCACUGCACAUUAACAUCAGAUGCACUACAUCUGUGUUGAGGUUGCUGUUACUAAACAGUUCUGCUUGACAAGGUAUUUUUUCAGCUGUAA